AGCUGUAGUUUUUCUGUUGAGGCACACAGUUUCCAAUUCUAUGCCAAGUUACCAGGUCCUGUUUCCUGAGACUCACACAUACUAAUUCUCUCACAAGGAGUUCCCUCCUCACUCCAGUUUUUUUAAAUAUAUAUAGAGAUGAAUGAGGAGCCCAUAAUUUAUACCACACUAAACCAGGAUUCUCAGCAGAGGCACACACCAAAAAAUAAUAUCAAGCCUAAAUUUGGUCCAAAUGAGUUGCCAUUAACCAAGAAGAAGCUGAAACACCAGAAAUCUUGUAAGAGACAGCACAAAAAGUUAGCAGAAGAUGUCAACGACAAAGUUCUCUCCGAAAGCGUCUCCCCUCUUCCGUGGAGGUGGAUUUCUGGUGUGCUGGGUGUCACGUGCCUGCUCCUAAUGGCCGUCACCAUCGCAGUGGCUGUUUUUACUGCCAACUCAUCUUCUGAACAACCACCUCUCACAGUCCAGCAGGAAGCAUCUUCAGAACAACCACCUCUCACAGUCCAGCAGGAAGCGAUGGAGAGUCUUUGCCUGGAACCGUGCUGUCAUUCUUGUCCAAAGAACUGGGUUUGGUUCAGAUGUAGUUGUUACUACUUCUCCAAGGAAGAGUUCACUUGGACAGAGAGCCAACGUGCCUGUUCGUCUCUAAAUUCCAGUCUCAUAAAUAUGAACAGGGAGGAGAUGAAUUUCUUCUCUCUAAAAUCUUUUUUUUGGAUUGGAGUCUACUAUGAUGGAGCUGUCAAGCACUGGCUGUGGGAAAAUAAUUCGAUUCUGUCCUCUGACAUGUUUUAUCUUUCUACACUUCCACUACAACAUGCCUGCCUAUCCUACAAAUCAAGAGAAGUUUAUUUAGCUGAAAGCUGUGAAACUAAACAGACCUACAUUUGUAAGAAUCCCCUUAUUUAUCCUAUAAAUUCACAGGAAAGAUGAACAUAACUCUUCUCUCACCCUAUGUCUUGAUAGAGUUGCCAGUGGUCACUUUCUUGUUCUGGUGAGAAAGUAUGUAAACUUAACACCUUUGCCUUAAAAAAAAUUCAGUUCUCUAAAAAUGUACUGCAAUGCCAUUUUUAAAAUGGACUUUAAUUUUGUUGAGUGGAUAUAUUUUGAUUUAGAUGACUUUUCAGGAAAUAGCACUGUGAUAAUGUCUAGGAGAAUACAUUUAUGCCGAUGCACUUUAGAAGACGUUGCCUUAAAUAUUUUCUGAAUUAGACAAUGAGAUAAAAUCAAUGAGAUAAGGUUAGACUGUGUUGCAUAUUAAACAGGCUGUCCCAUGUAAAAUUACACUAUUGUCACUGAUAUAUAUGUUGUAUUUCGUCUACAAAAUUGUCAAAGUAAAUUGUUAAGCAAAGAAACAUAGAACUGGUAGUAGAGCUUAGUAUAAUCACACAAGAAAUGGAAUUGUUUACAAUUUUUUGAAAUUAAUUUUCAGCUUGGUUUCUAUCCAAAAGUCCAACUUAUUUUAUAGCAUGGUGACUCUGAGACAGUUAAUUAGACUCACAGCUGAAAAUGUGAUACAAAAGGAUUUGCUUUAAAAUCUCAAUUGUUAAGUUUCCAUUUCUUUAAGUUGUUCUGUUACAUGGUUAUCUGUUAAAAAUCAAAAUAAACAAUUAGUAAUUAUUUCAUUUUAACCAUAUCAAAGGCUUUAGAAUUACUAAAACAGUGCUGAUGACAAGCUGGGCUGCCUCUUUUUAGUCUUAUGUCUAUAGCUUCCACACGUACUGACACAACAAGCUCCCUUAUUUGUUUAUUUCAUAAGAGUUGGUCCAAAAUUAUACACAGAGAGUAAAAAUUAUACUUUGCCAAUGUCCCUGUUUCACUAGAACAGAAACAUGAUAAUAACAUAAGAAUUAGAUAUAGUCAUCCCAUGGUGUCCACUUAAGAUUGGCUCCAGGACCCCUGGUGGAUACCAAAAUCCACAGAUGCUCAAGUUCUUCAUAUAAAACAUUUGAAUAUGUUUUAUAGUAUUUGCAUAAACCUACGGUUUAUUAGCAAUAAGUAACCUGGUUGUAACAUUUGCAUAUAACCUAUGUACAUUUCCCCAUAUACCUUAAGCCAUCCCUAGAUUACUUACAAUACCUAAUGCAACGUAAAUAUUAUGUAAAUACUUAUAAAUACAAUGUAAAUGCUAUAUAAAUACUUACAAAUACAAUGUCAAUUCUAUGUAAAUAGUUGUCUGGGUGCAGCAAAUUCAAGGCUUGCUUAUUGGAACUUUCCAGAUUUUAAAAAAUAUUUUCUAUUCACAGUUGGUUGAAUCUGAGGAUACAGAACCCACGGAUACAGAGGUCCAACUGUACUCAAUUUAGUGUUAGUCCAAGCAGUUCUGUUGAUGAAAAUAAUCAAUAAACAAUCUAUAAGAGGAACAGAAAAGAGUUUUGAGCCAAAGUGAGGACUAUAGCCCAGAAGACAACCUCUCAGACGACUGUUGUGGAGAAGUAAGGUUUUCAGCACAGUUUUAUAUCUUGUCAGAACAAAGAACAUCAGUCAAGUCAGGGAUACAUUCCUUCAUGAAUUUAAAAAAAAAAUCAGUACUUACACAGGGAGUCACUACAGCCUUAAACCUGGGAAGGGAGUCAUCACUGAAGAAGGACCAGCAUUGACGUCUCAGGAAGGGAAGCAUUUAGUCUUUAUUUUUAACAUGGACAUUCUUUACUUCUGGCCAGUGCGCCCUUUUAUUCAGUAAUUAAAGCAGAUGUACAAUGUCUGUGUGAUGGGCCAUGGGCUGUUUCAGCCGGCAUCAAAUUCAAGUAAACAUAUGUAAGCUGGAAUGACUUCCCCACACUUCAACGUGGGAAAAUUAAUUUUAUCAGUUCCUUUCACUCCUCCACACCUAGUUUACUCUACUUUUCUUAUUUAAAUAUUUCCCUUCUUAGAUGGUCAUUCUGAACAAAAAUACAGAUCAGUGAGCGACUUUUCAGAGUUUAGAUUUUUACUCUGAUACGUAGUUUCAUGAGGAUGUUUUUGAAAGUUUACUGACAAUAUUAAUAUAUUCCCGCCUAUUUGUCAAUAAGGCAUUCAUGCUGACAGAGUUACUCUUGCGGACAGAGAAAAGACUUUCCUGAAUAUGACAACUGCUGUGAAAUUCAGGAACACUGUUGUCAACAGACUCUGAAGAGAAAUAGACACUUUAUUUUGUAAUAGGUAAUUGUUUUUAUUCCUGAGAUGACGAUAUCCUUCCUUAUUUCAGGGACUAUCCAGUUAGCAUAUAAGGUCUUUUCUGAACCCACAUGAAGGAAGAAUGGCCAACUACCCUUUAUAGGCGACGAGUCACUAGAAAUGUAAAUUAUUGUCAAAUAGUUGCAACACUAUGACAAAAAAAAAGAUAAAGAUAAAAAAAUAAAAAGCAAGCCCCACAAAAAUUUACUGAUUCUUACAGUUAUAAAAUAUGAUGAUUGCCCUUAUAUAGAGGUUAUGAACUCUUCCAAAGCUUGACAAAAAAGCAAACAAAAAAAAGAGAGGUAUUUAGACACAGAAAGAUAGCAAAAACAAAGUAAGAAUAUUCAAGAAUUCUCUGUGUACCCUACGAAAGAAAAAGAGAAGUUUUAUUUUUGAGAAAACUAAGUAAAACUGGAAUUAUUA